GGAGAAUAAAGAAAACAGAAAGGUGCCGCCUUUCUAUUUUGCUCUAUCGUAGGGAAACAACCUUCAAAUUUUGAAAGUGAAACCAUCCAGAUGUCUCUAGACUCUCACAUAGAGAAGGUUCUUUGGACCCAAGACCAGACUCUGGACCGGGUAACCCAGCUCGCCUCUCAAAUUACCCGUGAUUUCAAGUCCGUUCCCGACCCUCCCCUCUUCGUCGGAGUCGCCACCGGUGCUCUCUUCUUCUUCGCCGAUCUUGUCAGGAGAAUCCAACUCCCUCUCUCUGUUGAUCUGGUUCGAGCUCAAUCUUAUGGCUCCGGCACUCUCUCUAAUGGAGCUCCUUCCAUUUCACUUGACUUGAAGCUCGACGUUAAGGGCAAACACGUCGUUCUGGUUGAAGAUAUUGUAGAUACAGGAUGCACUUUAUCCUGUCUAAUUGCACACUUGGAAGCAAAAGGCGCGUCCUCGGUAUCAAUUUGUGCUUUCCUUGAUAAACCAUCAAGACGGAAGGUUCCGAUCAAGCUUGUUGGGGAUGGAAAGUUCUACAAGGGAUUCGAGUGUCCGGAUUAUUUCGUCGUAGGUUACGGGAUGGACUUUGCCGAACUAUAUAGGAACUUGCCUUAUAUCGGUGUCUUGAAGCCUGAACACUACAAGUGAUCCGAUUUAUAUAUGGCAUUUUUAGUAGAUAUAUUUCAGGUCAUAGGUGAAGAAUGUUUUUGAAGUUUUUAGAAUUUUAAACCAUUGUUAUUAAUUUGGGGUUAAGAUUUGGCUUUUUCCGUUACUUGCUUUAGAAGACAAAGAUAUUGCUUUUGUCGUGGACCGUUGAUAUUUGUAUCCGGGGGCUUACUUUGCAGUGUAUAGUCGGUCCAUGAUUGAUGAUGCCGACGGUCCUUGAAGAAAGGGUUUUGGUGGAUGGAGAAGCAAAAGCAAGGACCAAUUUUUUUUUUAUUUAAA